AUGGUGGUUGAUUCCACCUGUGAUUCGGAGUAUAUUGUAGUGAGUGAAGCAUCAAAGGAGGCGGAUUGGCUGAAGAACUUUAUUGGAGAUAUUGGAGUCAUUCCAAAUAUCAAAGAACCAAUGAAAUUCUUAUUUGAUAAUAAAGGCGCAAUUGCUUUGAUAAAAGAACCAAAUUAUCAUGUUAUGGAUGAUUUGGAUAUGCAUGACAUCGAAAACAAUCAUCUCGAUGAAGAAAAUCAUCAGUUCGGUUCUACUGAUUCAGAGAUUCUUCAUAACGAGGAAAAUCAGUCGGAAACCCAAGAUAUGAAUGACAUCGGAAAUGAUCAUUACGAUGAAGAAAAUCAUCAAUUCAGCUCUGGUGAUUCAGAGAUUCUGCAUAAUGAUGGAAAUCAAUCGGAAAUCCAAGUUCAAAGUGACAAUGUUGCAGCACAAUAUGGCUCUUGCAAACAAUUCAUUGGAGCUGAUGGUUCUUUAUUUUGGAUUCCAGAGGUUAAAGCUAGUUGGAUACCUACUUUGGGUUCAAUUUUUAAAGAUAUCAAAGAUGCUAUUAAGUGGUAUAAAGGAUAUGCAUUAAGAUAUGGUUUUGAUAUUAGAAAAUCAACAGAGAGGAAAAAGAGCGGAAUCACAACUUCGAAAUAUUUUAUAUGCAAUAGAGGGGGAUUGCCAAACACUUCUACCUUAGACACAAUUAGUGAUGAUCAUAACAAGCAAUUGAGAAAUAGUAAUUGUAAACGCACAAAUUGCAAAGCUUUUGUUGCAUUCAAAGUUAUACCACAUUCUUCAGAAGUUUACCUGUGGCGCUUUGAACAACAACACAACCACAAAUUGAUCAAUCAAGAUUGUAUGCAUCUUUCAAGAGCUAAAUGUCAGUUGAAUGUUGUUGAUCAAGCUUUUAUACAUAAGCUUUCGAGUGCAAAGGUGGGGGCAACUACAGCAUAUAGACUAAUGUGCGUUAUAAAAGGAGGAUGUGAAUUUGUUGAUGGACUAGAGAUAGACUGGAAAAAUUUUACAAGGGAUAUAAAUUGUCACAUCGGGGGCACUGAUGCAAAUUUGUUGAUUACAAAGCUUCAGAAUCGUAAAGAGAAUGUUACAAAUUUUACAUACGAAUACAGAUGUGACAAGAAGUAUUGUAUGGUAUUUGUACCUUUUACUGGCAUUGAUAAUCACAAAAGGUGUGUCACUUUUGGAGCUGGUUUGUUGUGUAGAGAAGAUACAAAUUCCUAUAUUUGGUUACUUCAGUCAUUCUUGAAGUGUUUUGGAAAAGCACCAAUCAUGGUCGUGACCGAUCAAGAUCCAGCAAUGAAAAAAGCUAUUGAGAUAGUAAGCUGGGAAACAAUGAAUGAAUCGGAUUUUAAGGCGGACUUCAAUAAUAUAGUAUGGGACUCCAAAAUUGUUGUCAAUGAUUUUGAAAUGAGAUGGGAUGCAUUAAUGGUAAAAUAUAAGUUGCAAGACAAUAAAUGGAUGAAAGAUAUGUUUGAUUUGAGAAGCAGUUGGAUUCCAGCCUAUUUUAAAGAUGUACCGAUGUCAGGUCUAAUGAGAACAACUUCUCGGUCAGAAAGUGAGAAUUCAGCAUUCAAUAGGGUAUCGCAUCAUGGUUAUACGUUAAACAAUUUCAUGAAUGCUUUUGAGUCUGUUAUGGAAAGGCAAAGGAAUAAUCAGAUCAAAUUUGAUUUUGAUACAUCUACUAUAAUUCCAAUCAUCAAAACACCUCUUGAAGAUAUGGAGAAACAUGCAUCUAUGAAGAGUGUUACAUCAGGCGUUGUUUCUGACAUAUGCAUUGUCAAACAUAAAAGGAUAAAUAUAUCAAAGAAGAAGGUAGUAGUUGAGAAAAAAGAAAAAGUUGACAUCGAUUCUGAAUGGAAUUUUAACACAACUGAAGGUGAUUUUGAGGUUGAAUUCAACAGAGAAGAUCUAACGGUGAAAUGUUCAUGCAUGCUUUUUGAGCGGUUUGGAAUUUUUUGUAGACACAUCUUCUGUAUUCUAAAGAUUUAUGACAUACAAGAGAUUCCGUCAAGAUACAUUCUUAAGAGAUGGAAAAGAGAUAUUAUCCCCACCACAGUUUUGAAAAGGACGUUUAGAUAUGGUGAUUCGUCUGGAAAUGUUGAGAAGGUUGAAUACAAAGCCUUUUCCAUGCUUGAUCAAUGCUUGUCUUCAUUAAGUAAUGAUGACAAGAAGUUAGAAGAGUUCAUGCAGAAGCUUGAAGUUUUUAUGACUGAUAUUGGUGAACAAGGUUCAGACAAAUUACCGGUUACAAAAGAAGCUCAUAUUGAUAAACUUUACGGAGCUACUAUGAAUCCUGAAGUUGUAGAUGUUGAAAAUCCACCUAUGGUGAAGAAUAAAGGUUCUGGUACAGAAAAACAUUUAGAAAGUGCUUUGGAGAAGGCUACUAUUCAAGGUAACAAGCAAUCAAGAUCAUGCAAAACAUGUGGGGUUAAAGGGCAUAAUUCAAGGAAAUGUUUGACAUUCUUGAAUAACUCCAAGGUACAAAGUGCAUAG